GUGAAAAUGUCACUGUAGGUUUUACAGUUGAAAAUGUGUGGCUUGUAAAGAAGGUAUUUCAAAAAAAUGAAAACAUUAAGAAAGUUGUUGCUGUGCGUUUGUUUUUCCAUCCUUUCUGAUGUUUAUAUGGCCAAAGCAGCUUCCACUGUAAUUCCGGACAUCCAAGCAUCAUCCUCCCCCAAAGUUCAAGAAGAUGCUGUUAGGAACCUGAUCAGACGCCUUCUUCCAUUUCAUUCAGAAAGUUUCAAAGUUAAAGUGGAUUUGGAUCUGGGACCAAAAGAUCAGGAUACAUUUGAACUAAAAUCAGUUAAUGGAAGUAUCCAAGUUAGUGGAAGUAGUGGCGUGGCAGCAGCCUGGGGUUUUCACUACUACUUGAAGAUCUAUUGUGGAUGUCAUGUGUCAUGGUCUGGUGUCCAACUCAAGCUUCCAAAACUUCUUCCUCAACCCGAGACUCCUGUGUUGGUCACUUCUAAUGAUAAGUUUACAUACUACAUGAAUGUGUGCACGUUCAGUUAUUCCACUGUUUGGUGGAACUGGACGAGAUGGGAGAAAGAACUUGAUUGGAUGGCCCUCAACAGGAUUAAUCUACCAUUGGCUUUUGUUGGUCAGGAAAUAGUGUUGAAACGGGUAUUUCUAAAGUUAGGAUUUGAAGAAAAAAGUGUUGAUGACUAUAUCACUGGACCAGCGUUUCUGGCAUGGAACAGAAUGGGAAAUAUUCAGCAGUUUGGUGGACCUUUACCAUCAAGUUGGCACCAGCAGCAGCUCAGACUCCAACAUCAAAUCUUAAACCGAAUGAGAGAGUUUGGGAUGUUUCCAGUCUUGCCAGCCUUUUCUGGUCAUGUUCCAUCCACAAUUAAAGAGUUAUUUCCUACUGCUACUGUGUCUGUAUUAGCUGCUUGGAGUCACUUUGGCCCACCUUACAGCGGUACCACUUUUUUGGAGCCUAGUGAUCCAUUAUUUAGAAAAAUUGGAGCUAUGUUUCUACAAGAGGUAAUUAUGGAAAUUGUAUUAUAAAUCCAGCAAAGUAAAGUU